AUUCAAACAACCUUUGUCAACGAGGGAGGGACCGAACGACAAAAAACACACCACCUCCCCGAGAGUCUUCAUUAACGCCCUCAAGUACAGUUUUCUAACGAAGAUGACCUUCAUUGUCCUACUGAGAUAACCCAGUGCUCGUUUCCCCGGUGGCCCUAAACACGCAGAUCCGUCAGCUCAUCGCGCCCGCCAAGCUAGAUCAUCAGCUUCUUGGAUACUGCAGCAAGCCCUCCGCCACCUGGUCCGCCUCCCUUGGUACGCUUCUUAACGCCAGCGGUUUAGUUGGAGAAGAGAAGGCGGGUGGCUAGGGCGUGCGUUCUGUGUGCGCGGAGGAAGUUUCACCAUGAGUGAUCUAGACAAAGCUAUCGCGCAGCUCCGCGCUUGCCGCCCUAUCCCAGAACACGAAGUGCGAGAACUCUGCUACAAAGCACGCGAGAUUCUCAUCGAGGAGGGAAAUGUAGUCUCCGUCGACGCGCCGGUGACCAUCUGCGGUGAUAUCCACGGCCAGUUUCAUGAUUUGAUGGAAUUAUUCCGCGUGGGCGGUGAUGUGCCAGAUACGAAUUAUCUGUUCAUGGGCGAUUUUGUCGAUCGCGGCUUUUACUCUCUCGAAUCUUUCCUUCUCCUCCUUUGUCUCAAAGUUCGAUACCCUGACCGCAUAACCUUGAUUCGUGGUAAUCACGAAUCGAGGCAGAUCACGACCGUUUAUGGUUUUUACGACGAAUGUAUUCGGAAAUAUGGCAGUGCUAAUGUUUGGCGUUAUUGUUGCGAGGUAUUUGAUUAUUUGGCUUUGGGCGCAUUGGUAUUGGGUGCCAGCUCUGAAUUGGAACCAUCAGGCCCCGUGAUAAACGAUCACACCCAAUCCACCACGGCUACUGGGGAUGAAGAGCUGGAGUCUGAAGUGUUGAAUUCAAAAGGCGAAGUUACAUUUUCGACAUAUAGACGAAGGGGCGGCGGUAGCGACGGCGACUCACAAGAUAGCUCAACUGAUAUUCGGGAUGUGUCCCCCUCCAGGGACCCAUCUUCGUCGGGACCCACCGGUACCCCCAGGAGAUCUGGCCCCGCAGGCACCGGAGCCACAGCUGAUAGCAUGGGCAGUAUUGGAAGUAGUACCGGUGCUGUCUUUUGCGUUCAUGGCGGGCUGUCCCCACUGGUGGACAGCAUCGAUAAAAUCCGCCUUAUCGACCGAAAACAAGAAGUGCCGCACGAAGGUGCCAUGUGCGACCUUCUUUGGUCCGAUCCAGACGAAAUUGAAGGCUGGGGUCUAUCUCCACGGGGAGCAGGCUUUCUCUUCGGAGGUGACAUCGUCAAGCAUUUUAGCCACAGAAACGACCUCUCGCUCAUCGCGCGGGCACAUCAACUCGUCAUGGAAGGGUUCAAAGAGAUGUUCGACGGUGGCAUUGUGACAGUCUGGUCUGCGCCGAAUUAUUGCUACAGGUGCGGCAAUGUGGCAGCAAUAUUGGAGCUGGGUGAGGAUGUGAGCAACGGGGGAACAAUUGCGAGGAGCAAUGGCGACUAUGGACGGAGUGCUGGCGCUGUUGCUGAUAUGAGGCAGCAAGGUCAGCAGGGGGGGAUACUAGGUCCUGGAAGGAGGUAUAGGGUGUUCGAUGCGGCGGCGCAGGAUACAAGAGGGAUGCCGGCGAAGAAACCGGUUGCUGAUUACUUUCUGUGAUACCAUAUACCGUUAUACCAUCAAAUACAAAUCUCAUUAUAUCCAACCCGGCCGUCACUCAAUUUCCCUCAACCACCCACACACUCCCUUCUCCGUGUACCAUCUGCUAAAUUCUAAUAAGGCCUAGCCUGUUAUCCUCGUUGGCGCAUACCGGGAUGAAAUAUUUGGUAUAUACAAUUUGCUUAUGGAAAAGAAGUCCGCAUAACAACGGGGGUUGUACGCUAGUAGAAGAAAGAGAGCGAAUAUAUAGAUCGUAACGAAACGGGAUCUAGGUCUUUUUCUUAUGUUCAUUUAAUUUCUUUUUUUUCUUUUUUUUUUUUCCCCAAUUUAUUCGAAACAACUACAUGUUAAACUGCGAAACAUGUUUGGUGUCUCAGGCAGAAUGAAAUGUGCCUGUGCCUGUAUUCUUGUCACGUUAAGUUCUAAGACCGUGUUGUGUGACUGUCCAAACCGCCAUCAUCAGUUCACCCUCCGCAUCUAAUUAAUCAUCCUCCAGCCCCCUUGAUCCAGAGCACCUCCAUUGAGAUCUGCUCUAGCAGCAUGAAUGCAAAAGCCCAACUAAAUAGAAUAUAACCUAAAAACUUACCUGUCUAUUUACCUCUGUGUGUAUACACUUAUAUCUAUAUACAUUUAUGCCAGCUAUUCAAGUUGAAGGGGUAAUGAAAGAAUAAAACGGGAAAAAAAAAGGGAAGGAUGAGAAAUCACCACCCUGUUGUCCGCAACCAGGCUCCCCCAAUGGAUGCUGACGAAAUCCAGAGGAUACACAAAAGCAGUUGACUGAGGUGGGAGACGACAAAUAGACAAGAUAAUAAAGAAUAAAAGCGGAAAAUAAUGGAAAAGAAUGAAAAAG